CUGUGGUUGAAUUGCCUAUGAUAUAACCUGUUUUGUUAUUUUGUUGUAGGUGGCUAAUACUUCAAUAACUCUAAUUUUUAGUGUGAUUGUAGAUAGAUUUAAAAAUUCAUAUUAACGAAUAUGGUGUACACAGAAAAGUAUUUAAAAGAGAAGCUCAUUAAGGAAUUGGACGCUGUUCACGUCGAGGUGACCGACGAGAGCGACGGCUGCGGCGGCAAGUUCUCGGCGCUGAUCGUGUCCGACAGGUUCCGGGGCAAGCCUCUCCUCGCGAGACACAGGCUGGUGAACGCGGCGCUGCAGGAGGAGCUCAAGAGCAUCCACGCCUUCACGCAGAGGACGCUCACGGCGGAGCAGUGGCGGGCGCAGAGCCCCUAGGCGCCGCGCGCCUGUCCGCGCGCGCCUCCGCGCCCGGCAAGGUGAUCCUGCUGGGCGAGCACGCCGUGGUGUUCGGGCAGCCCGCGCUGGCCGCCAGCCUGGGCCUGCGCACC